AUGGCAUCCCAGGAGGCCACCAGCCAAGCAACCCCGCAAAAAAUCGUUGUUGCCUCGCUGAAUCCCGUCAAAACCGGUGCCGUUCUCGAGGGCUUUACGCGCAUGUUUCCCGGCGGAGCAUACCAAGUGUCUGGAGUUAGUGUCCCCUCAGACGUGCCAGACCAGCCACUUUCAGACCAAGAGACCCUCCAAGGUGCCCUCAACCGCAUAAAAAACGCUCGCUCGCUUGAACCCGAUGCCGACUUCUGGGUGGGUGUGGAAGGAGGCGUUAACCCCGAGGGCGAGACGUUCCAGUCUUUUGCUUGGAUUGCCGUGGAGAGCAAGGAGGGCCGUACCGGCAAGGCGCGCACCGCAACCUACUAUGUUGCUCAAGAAACGGCCAAUCUGAUCGGUGGAGGGAUGGAGUUGGGCCACGCAGAUGAUCUGAUUUUUGGGAAGACAAACUCCAAACAGCACAGCGGUUCGGUGGGCAUCUUGACGGACGAUGUGGUCACCAGAACGUCGUAUUAUAUUCAGGCUGUCAUCUUGGCCUUGAUACCGUUCAAGAACACCCAGUUGACAUUUUCAUCGAACAAGAGUGGUUAG